UAAACUCCUUCUCUGUGUUGUCUUUGCAGCACAAUUUGGUGUGACUGGGGAGAGGAGAGAGACUCUGUGACCGAUACCUUCACCAGUAGACUGGCCCUACGCUGGCACGGAGGUGGGCUGUACCGAAUCUCUGGCGGACCAUUGAGUGGCACACUUCUGUGCCUAGGGACCUCCUGCGCACCAUUGUAUCAGGAUCCCAGCCUCAAAGACAGUAGCAAUGAGAAUGAGGAGCAAAUAUGCCAUUAUUCUAUUUUUCCUUGUUGCCCUUGUGAUCAUUGAGAAAGAGAACAACAUUAUUUCAAGGGUGUCCGACAAGUUUGUGCUGAAAUUCCCGCAAGUGGAAUUUAUGGGUCCGAACAUUACCAUCUCUGCCAGAGCCUUGACUGAGAAUAACACCCUGGUGGCCAGCUCCAAUAGCGCUCUGGGGCAGCUGCACAAAGCGCAGAGAAACUGCUCCACGCUGCGGACCACACUGGGUGGGGAAGAGCGGAAGGAGGUGACGGGCAGGAGGCACCUGCUGUUGAUGGCCACCACCAGGACGGGGUCCUCCUUCGUGGGUGAGUUCUUCAACCAGAACAGCGACAUCUUCUACCUGUUCGAGCCACUGUGGCACGUGGAGAAGACAGUGACCUUCGAGCCGGGGGGGAUGAACGCGGUGGCCUCCUCCAUCAUCUACCGCGACAUGAUGCAGCAGUUGAUGCUGUGCGACCUCUAUGCGCUGGAGAGCUUCCUCUUCCCCACGCCCGAACGCCACGUCACCGGCUUCCUCUUCCGCCGGGGCUCCAGCAAGUCGCUGUGCGAGGGCGCGGUCUGCACUCCGACCAAGAGGGGGGGCACUCAGAGGUUCCCGUGCCGUGUGCGGCAGUGCGGCCUUCUCAACAUGACCCUGGCCACCCGGGCCUGCCUGCAGAAGCAGCACGUGGCCAUGAAGACAGUGCGCCUCAGGCAGCUGGAGUACCUCCGUCCUCUGGUGGAGGACCUCAGGAUCGACCUCAGGAUCAUCCAGCUAGUCCGCGACCCACGGGCGGUGCUGGCCUCGCGCAUGGUGGCCUUCCCCGGCAAGUACGACGCGUGGAAGAAGUGGGCGAACGAGGGGCACGUGCCGGAUGACGAGGAGGUGGGCAAGCUGCGGGGCAAUUGCGAGAACCUCCGGGCCUCCGCCCAGCUGGGCAUGGGGCAGCCCCCCUGGCUCAGGGGCCGCUUCAUGCUGAUGCGCUACGAGGAUAUCGCACUGGAGCCCCUCAAGAGGGCCGAGGAGAUGUACCGCUUCGCCGGCAUCCCCAUCACGGACGAGGUGAAGACAUGGAUCUACGAGAACACCCGGGCCUCCAAGGCCAGCGACAACGUCUACUCCACCCACAAGAACUCUUCGGAGCAGUUUGAGAAGUGGCGGCUCGGCCUGCCCUUCAAGAUAGCCCGGGUGGUCCAGCAGGUCUGCGAGCCCACCAUGAGGCUCUUUGGCUACAAGCUAGUCAAAGACGCAGCGACCCUUGCCAACAGAUCUGCCAGCCUGCUGGAGGACAGGAACUUCCGAGCAACCUAACCUCAAGGGCAAUUACUGCAAUCAUUUUCCAGCAGUGGAAGGCGAACGUCUACAAUUUAUCGCCAGAACUUGAAGCUCCUCGAACCUUCUUCCAAAGUGCCGGGCAGCUCUUUGAUGGAUGUGCAAUGGCCUAAUGAGACAUCAAAGGACAACACAGUUGCUUGAAGUCCGCAUGAUAAUGGAAUUAUACUAAGCACACACACACACGCACACACACGCACACACACACACACACACACACACACACACACACACACACACACACACACACACACAC